ACAUUAAACAAGCCAAAGACAAACUCCAGAAGAAAACAAAAAUGGCUUCAACUUCAGCAUUUUUCAUGAAAGUAAUGUUCCUCGCACUCAUCUUUCUCUCUUUUACAAUCUCUCCGUCAACUUCAACGGCGCCCCAAGACUGCGCAAGCGAGUUAGAGAACCCAUGCGUCAACAAGGCUAAAGCUUUGCCUCUCAAAAUCAUAGCAAUCGCAGCAAUCCUAGUCGCAAGCAUGAUUGGUGUUGGUGCUCCUCUCUUUAGCCAUUCCGUGCCAUUCCUUCAACCCGACGGGAACAUUUUCACGAUCGUUAAAUGUUUCGCCUCAGGGAUUAUCCUCGGAACUGGUUUUAUGCACGUCUUGCCUGAUUCUUUCGAGAUGUUGUCUUCACAAUGCCUCAAAGAGAACCCGUGGCACAAAUUUCCUUUCUCCGGGUUUCUUGCUAUGUUGUCCGGUCUAAUCACUUUAGUCAUCGAUUCCAUGGCUACGAGCAUUUAUACUAGCAAGAACGCAGUUGGAAUCGUACCACAUGGUCAUGGUCACGGCCCUGGAAAUGAUGUUACCUUACCCACGAAAGAUGGAGAUUCCGCGAGUGCACAACUCUUGAGAUAUCGAGUCAUUGCUAUGGUACUGGAACUUGGAAUCAUAGUUCACUCUGUAGUCAUUGGACUAUCUCUAGGAGCAACAAGUGACACUUGCACCAUUAAAGGACUCAUCGCAGCUCUUUGCUUCCAUCAAAUGUUCGAAGGCAUGGGUCUUGGUGGUUGCAUCCUCCAGGCUGAGUAUACGAACUUGAAAAAGUUUCUUAUGGCGUUCUUUUUUGCGGUGACAACGCCUUUUGGAAUAGCCUUAGGGAUCGCUCUUUCGACCAUCUACAGAGACAAUAGUCCCUCUGCAUUGGUAACUGUUGGAUUGCUCAAUGCAUGCUCCGCAGGAUUGCUCAUCUACAUGGCGCUUGUGGACCUUCUUGCGGCAGAGUUCAUGGGACCAAAGCUUCAAGGUAGCAUCAAAAUGCAGAUCAAGUGUUUCAUUGCAGCUCUUCUUGGGUGCGGUGGCAUGUCGAUCAUCGCCAAAUGGGCUUAACUAAUUCCACGGAUAGUACUACUGCAGAAUUGAAGUCAUGUGGAUUUCGUUGUCGAACUUAAAAGACCUCAUUAGGUUUAACUCUCGACUCUUUAAUCGUGUUUUUUUCCCUUUACAAGAUAUACUUAGUAUCUAUCAUAUUUAAUGUCUUUUAAUAUAUAUAUGUAUUGUGGUUGGUUCAACAAGUCUUUCCUUUUGUUUACGGGGUAAUAAUUAAUUCUUGUAGUAUAAUGUUUUCUCAUGUCAUUUAAAUAAAUAAGACUCUUUUUCAAGA